AUGUCCUCAUUCGAUUUGACAUCGUAUCAAGCGUUAUCAUUUGACAUUUAUGCGACUCUUAUUGACUGGGAAGCUGGCAUCUUCAAUCAGCUGGCGCCACUGCUCAACAGAAUCCCGAAGGAUCAUGAGUUAUGGAGUAAAACCCUUGGGGAGAUCAAGACUUACCUGAAAAGGAAGUACUCUGUCAAUGAACAUGAGCUGGAAAUGCAACAUCCCAACGAGAAAUACUCCGCUAUCCUAGCAAUGCUCUACCAGAGGCUUGCCAAUCAGCUCGGCGUUCGAGCCACCGAAGAAGAGGCCAAGGCAUUUGGCGGCGCAAUUGGAACAUGGCCGGCGUUCCCAGACACCGUUCAAGCUAUGAAGUCGCUUGGGAAGUACUAUAAGUUGGUGGCACUGAGCAACGUCGACAAAGUAUCCUUCUCCAAUACACUUUCUGGGCCUCUUAGAGGAGUCAAUUUUGACACUAUAUACGUCGCCGAAGACAUUGGUUCAUAUAAGCCGGACCCGAGAAACUUUACCUACCUUAUCGACCAUAUUAAACAAGACUUCGGUAUCGAUCGAGACGGCAUCUGUCACACAGCACAAAGUCUUACAUUUGACCACAUUCCGACAGCUACUAUGGGCUUCAGACCCGGUGUCUGGAUUUCGCGUGGAGGAGGGAGUAUGGGAAUGGGAGAUCUUGAUGCUGUGAAAGAUAGAGUGAAUCUCGGAGCUGUGUAUGAGACUCUCGGGGAUAUGGCUAUCGCUGUGGAAAAGGCUUUCCAGUCAAGUUCUACUUAG